GUAAUCAAGUCGGUUGCGAGUAUAAGUGACCAGCACAGGAGCGGACGAGCUCGCACACCCACCUGGACCACAGAUCAUGGCGACUGUUCCGAUAUUGCUGCUUGCUGUCCUCGGCGCGGCUUUGGCGUGCGGAGCUCACGCAGAUGGCUCGCAGAAUAAUGAUCUAGUUGCGACUUACGGCGGCCUGCCGGACCCCAUGCACUGGCUGAGCUUCUACUCGCUGCCUCGCACGGUGCAGCUGGCCAAGAAGGACGGAUGGUCCGAGGUUGUGAACGCCACGCAUGUGGCCACCGUCGACGGAUUCGUGUCCACUUGGUGCAGGCAGGGCGACUUCCGCGUGUGCCUGCUGUUCGAUACCGCGGGAGUCGUGGCCGGACUCCAGGCGUCCGUUUUAGCGAAAGACUUCGACAAGUCGUACCCAAUCGCCAUGGAGACGCUGUGGAGAAACCAGACUCUGCUGAACGAGGACGUGUACUCGGCAACCGCCCUGUUUGUCGCGCCGGACGUUUUGAGCGAAGGAGGUCGCAAGACCUUUGCCGAUGACGACGACACCGUGACUGGCCUGUACCUGCAGAACGGACAGAACUUCUGGGCCAUGCCUGCUCACGCCCAGUACGGCCAGAGCGUUGGGUUCGAGAUGCAAGGCUGUGUCAAGGGCAUGGGCCGCCACUUCUUCUACGGCAUGACCUCCUCCAUGCCGUGCGACGAGCACCGUCCCUUCUUCCUCCUGUUCGACGACGUGACCGGCCAACUGCACGGCUUUGGCAUCACGCUGUUCGGCAAGCCGUCGUCUGGCUCAUGGUUUGGCCGCAAAUGGUUCGAGAGGCCGAACACGAAGCUCGUCUCGGCGAUGGCUCCCGACGCCCCGGCCUGCUUCCAGGACUGGUCACGCAAGAAGGGCCUGGCGGCACUGCACGUGUACUUCAAGUCGUCUCCGUGGGCAGUAGAGUGUGCGCGGAACUAAAACAGCGACCAUCAUGCUCGUCAUUAAUAAAGUUUGUCAGUUUCCCCA